UUGUGGCAGGAGAUGACUUUUGUAUGUCACAUUUCUUCUAUUCAGACCUUCCUAAACAGUUCAGUCAAGUAUCUUCACUGACACACCUCCGUAGGUCCUCGCCAUGGCAAUUGUGUGUGUCUUUUGUGCAGGUCUGGGCAAGCUGUGGUGGAACAACCGCCUGAUGAAGAAGAAAGAAGUGUUGGAUGAUGAGAAGAGGGCGCGGAUAGAGGAGAUGCGCAAGACGGGGCUUCCAAUGAAGCGGGCUAAUCCGGUGCCCUUCGGCGUUCGUGCGAUACAGAGCGGCGUUGAGGUCGACGGCAUCUGGAUAUCUCGGCCGGCAUCGCUCAACGAGCUGGGGGAAAAACUAGCUUCCUCAACCACCCUCGCGGGCCGGGACUCGGAUUCGCAAAGCAAGGGGCGGGGUUACUUUGAGGACGAGAGGCCAACUCGCAUCACCGCAACAAACCUCGGCACCAAACAGAGUCCCUCCUCCGCCUCCAUCUUCCAGAAACUCACAGACACCGAAUCCAUGGGAAGCAGCACACCCUCCGCCGCGUUACCCGUCUCGCAAUUCGCAUACCACAAGACCAACAAUAGGCACUCCUCCCGCUCAGCCGGCACCCUAAACGAAGACACCCUACGGCGCCUCGAAAGCCAGUCAUCACCGCCACUCCGAAACCAACAGCCCUACGACACCUACAUCCCAACCACCACCCCCGUCCCCACCGCGACCACCAACCCCCCGACCUCCCCGCGGCGUCCCAAUCCGCGCCGCCCCGGCGACCGCAACUCGGCAGCCUCCUCAUCAGCCGACUCGGUCGACUCACAACCGCGCUCGUUCAAGAGCGCCAGCGACGGCCGCAGCUACACCUCCUCGCACAGCUCGCGGCUGUACAUGGCGACAGCGGCGGCGGCGGCGCGGCACCCGCAACAGCAACACUCUCAGCAGUACCACCGCCAACAACAGCAACACCACCAACAACAGCAGCAGCAACACCACCAACAACAGCAGCACCACCAACAGCAACAGCAUUCGCCGGCGCCGCGGCGCUGGCCGGAGAGAGGCACGGAGGGAGAGAUGGCGCCGCCGGAGCCGACGUUUGGUCCGGGGGAUUUGCACUUUGGCAAUAGCCGGGCUUCUGGGGGGGAGGGUCGGUGAGGGGUUGAGGUAGGGGGAGUUGGGGGUUAGUUUGUGAUGGAGGGUACCUGAUUGCGCAUUGUCAAUUUGAUCGUUGAAGACUUGAAGUUAGUAUACAGCUCGGUGGUGUGUUGGCUCAUGAUGAGUGUGCUUGGCGGCGUUCGGGAUGCAAAGGGGCGGUGGUGGUUCAGUCUUUGGAGAUCGUAAACGUCACAUGUUGUUGUUUAAAGUUCGAAGUAGGUAUGCUAGAGACUCAUAUUUGGAAUACAUGAACAUAUUGAUCGCUCUUUUGGUUGUUACCUACUCAGGAUGAUGGCUUUCAAAGUCUCUCUCACGGGAUUGCAGUUGGUGGUUGGUUGGUUGGAUGAAUCAAU